UUGAUGGAGGCCAACAAUAGAGUAAAAAAUAAAAUUUCUCCUUCUGAGAAGUUGCCAUGUUCUCUGCCACCCCUCCCGCUGUAUGAACAACCUCCCAUCAGCCCUUUCACCAGUCCAGAAAACUCCACCCCGCCGCCUCUCCCACGCUCACCUUCAACCGCACUUAACGGGGAGCACAAGCCUCCUCCGCCCUCCUCGUCAAACAAAGGACCGCUGCCCAACAACAAUCAAAGCUCUGGCAAAAGUCCAGUGUCUCCAGGAUUUCCUCAGCCACUGCGAUUUACCCCUGAUGGAGGCCCAAGCAAACUACGACCUGUGCGUGCUGCUCCUCCUCCACCCAAACAGCACCCCCGCCGACCGCAAGAGAAGAGUGAGAAGACGGAGGAGGUGGAGAUCACGCUGGUGUGACAGACAGUUAAGAUGGCUGGCAGAAAGAAAUGAAAACAGACGACAGACAGACGCAUCCUAAAGGCUGGGGAACUAAACUGCUCUGAACUGAAUUCAGCUCAAACAACACAAUGUGAAGUAAACUGAACUGAACCACAUCUGACGCCCACCCUCCAUACUUUCCACAUCUCUCAUACUCAAGUUGAGCAGGAGAGCACAGAGAUGGAUGGAGGCAGAGGGUCCAAUUGAAUAAUCUACGUAUUCGCUUCCUAAUGAAGUGCAGCUCUAGCCGCCCCCACGCGCCUCUCAACCCUCCCCCGUCCUUUCAUUCUUGCCUUAAAACUUUACCUCAUCGGACAGCAGACCAGAGCACACUGAAGAGGAGGACGAAUGUUUAGAGACGGGGGGGGGUGGGAGGGAAAGGGAAUGAUAGGUUUGGCAAGUUUUUCUUUCAUCUUGUUAGGUUAACUUCAAGACAUUGUACUGGUCACCUCUCUGUACAGGAUGAUCAUUCUGCUACAUUUGAGAAAUCUCCCAUUUUUCACUGACUGCUUACAAAUAAUAAUCAAACCUGUGAAAAGUUACAGAGCCCUGAAGUGACAACAUGUAGUAAAGGGUUAUAAACUAAUCAAACUUAGAACUGAACACAAAGUGCCAGGUUUACUUAGUUCUGAAUUAAAAUUGAUUAUUUAAAGAAAUAUACAAGGUUAUUAAAAGUUCCUCAUAAAACAUGAAAAUUGCUUAUAUUGGAGCAAAAGAGAUCGACUGUGUGGCUACCUAGCCUAAAUGACAACACUGUUAGCAAAGCUAACCACCUUCUGUAGCUGAAGCGAAUAACCCAAAUAGUUGACUUCAUGUGUCUGUGACAUCACAGUAUACACCCUUCUAACUGUAGCUAAAGCAUGUUAGUAAAGAAGUUGCAACAAAGCUAGCUAGCUAAAGUAUGAAACUUUAAGAUUUGGAAUUGUAUCAGAAGCAAAGUCACAGACAGCUACAACAUGUUGAGGAUCGAUGACAGCAUAAAAUAACAAUUAUUUCCACUGUGCUCAAUGUAGAGUAAGCUUGAUGAGAUAAAACUUGCCAAACGUGUCAUGAUUUGGAUUGAAGUUGGGGUUGAAGUAAAUGGACAGAGAAACUGGGUGGUGUGUGGACGCAGUGUGUCCCCCUCGCCAGCCCUUCCCUCACCAUAUAUAAUCCUUAUCAUCAUACGUAUUCAAUGUGUAUUAGUACAGUACAUUACUGUUGUCAUAGGAAUGUUCAUAUAGACUAACUGAGCUGAUGGAAUACCAUGUCUGAUAUGUAGUGGAAGUUUUAUCCUCAUUUUAUACCGAAAGGGCAUUGUAAAUACAGUAUGAAGGAGAGAUACGAGAGUAGGAGGGGUUAAGGGGAUGAAGGAACAAGAGAGAAAAGGGAGGCUGGAUCCUCCUCUCUGCUCCACCUCUCUUCCCGCCCUUCCUUUCUUUCUCUUCCUCUUUCCUCUAAUGUCAAUUUUGUCCAUUUGCAGUCAGUGUGAAUUGGUGGCUAUCAUAUACACAAAUCAAGUUACAUUAUAUUACGCACACAUUGCUAUAUCUUUCAUUCUGUGAGCAUCAGUGGGCUUAUAUCGCUGGUUGGUUUAGGAGGAGGCUGAUGAUGUGUUCGAAAGCACAGACAUGUUGGCGUUCACUCUGUGUGGUGACAAAGAUAUUUUUUGAGAUGAUAUAGACACUGAUCAUGUUUAGGUCAGGCGUUAUGAAUCACAGAAUGAACUGUAAAGGUUUUAUCCCUACAGAUCAUACCUCCUCUCAUGUUGAUUUUGUUCAUGUAUGACACUGAUCACUUCACCUAUAACCUUUAGUUGACACGCAAUACAUUCACAGGUAUUAUUUGUUCUGUUGGUGUGCUACGAAACAGCAGAAAAAACAUCCAUAACAACAAAUGGACCUUUAACAUUUCCAACUUGGUAUCAUCUUUAUUUGUAUUUGAUAAAAGGUGGUAGGAAUUGAAAAAAAAAAAAUACAUUGCCCAUAAUGGACAGAACUAGCAAACGACAUUCAAAUGGAGCUAAGUACAAUUCCGUUGUGUUUUUUUUACUUAAAGUAAACAAUCUUCCCCCUUAAAUACCCGUCAAGCCUUUAAAACCCCUUGCCUAAAGGGCAGCGUAGCACUUUUAUUUAUUUGUACCUUCCCUGGAGAGUAGCAGUAUCUUAAAACAGUAUCAGCAUGAAUGGAAAGACUCUGAUGAAUCACUGCAGUUUAAUACAGAAAUCAGAGUACUUCUCUUCAUUCUGAUUCUGUCUCGAAUGCUUUUUAUUUCAGUGUGACUGACGACUCUUUUAUAUAUAUAUAUAUUCUCCACUCUUCCAAAGAGACAGAGAGAAUAUUGUGGAAAAUGUUAUUUGGUGUUUUUCUAAACUUAGAAGAAAAAAACGACAUGAUCAUAGUAAGUGAUGUUUGAUACUUUGAGAGAAUGUGGUUUUAUGGACUUAAAGAGGACCCAUUUGCGUGUGCUUGUUAAAGAGGAGAGCAUCGGAUCUGUGUUUGACUUACACACUCGCGGUUUGAUAGAGCGUUCACAUUGAAUACAUCAGAUUCAUAAUGACAGAAUGGACUUUAAGCUUGCUUGCUUUUCCAGUGUGGUGUUAAUGUACAAUAUUGCUACAUAUUGCAACACAUUAUUAAAGGGACCUCCUCACAGCUGGAAACAAUUAGAUAUAGUUGUACCCUGUUGUGAGACAGCUCUAGAAAUAUGUCAAAACAAAAAAGGACAGUAUUCAAUCUCUGGUACUUUCUGAUCUGUGCUCAAUCUGAUUGGUUUCCCAUUUGCAAAGUGGAAUUAUGUUGGAUUGAGAAAGCUGAUGCCAGAAAUCAAGACGGAACUAGAAACAACAUUUUCUGCAGCAUCCACACCUCACAAAGUUAAGCUUUCUGGAAUAAGCUACAGUGCUCCACUGAUGUUGUAGGAACUGGUUUCGACUCGUGACUGUGGUCAAGCUUCUCCUUCAGCUCUCAUUUAAAAUAGUUUUCUAACUUUGUUUGAAAUGUUUGGUUUUACGGCAGCCUCUCACAGAACUUCACACAAUAAAAGCUCAAUCAGUCUUUCUAUCAAAUACAAAAUGUAUGACUUCCGUUGCCAGUUACCCCUUUGAUCAGGAUGAUGUUCCCUUUUUGACAGUCCCUUUGGUCCACUACAGUGUUGAAUUAUUUGUUAUGAGCCUGUUUUUGUUUUUUAUGUAUUAUAUAAUUAUUUUAUGUUUCAUCCUUCGAUUUGGCGCAGCUGCACAGCUGCUGUUUUAAACGACGUGGUGGAGCAACUGGCCUUCUCUCUUCAGACUGUUGCCAUGGUGACAAUAAUAUGCAGGUGCAAAAGUCUUUCUGCAUAUUAUUAUUGGCUGUACAAAAAAAUAAAGUUUGUAUUUAUUGUGUACAAAUGUUAAUUAAUAAAAAAAUAUUG